AUGAAAACACGCGUUACCACAAUAACAACUAUUGUUAAUAGCCAACCAGCAUGGAUAUCAUCAUAUUCCACUCAGAAAACAGAUACAUCUAAUCAAGGUUUUGGUUGGAAAGUAGUUGGACACACAUAUGAUGAGCAAGUUCGUCUUCGAGACAUGGCUACUAUGAUUGCUGCCUGGCCUAAAGCUGUUGAUGACACCGUGCCCACGGUGCCAUGUCUAUCAGCUGAUGGUCAUUUGCUUGUACUAAGUGCUAGUGCAAGUCGUAUACGGUAUGGUGUAAGCGUAACUUUCAUAAUGGUUCAUCCUAAUGAUGUGACAGCCGUCUUACCGAAAACGAAUUCAGCACAGCCGAUCUCUCCUUAUCAAUUGAGUUUGUGGUGUAUUUUUGAUGAUGGAUCAGUGACACCGGCAUAUAGUUACGAUUUGCAUUAUGUCACUGAACGUGUAUCUCUUCUCGACUGUUCACUCAGUUCGUUUGCUAUUGACCAAUUGUGGAAAUAUAAUCGAACAUUGCGAGUACAUCUCGCUUCGACAACAGACAAAGAUCGAAAUGCACCCAUCCUGAAAGCAUUUAUUCAUACUUCAACGCCUUCAUUAUAUCCAUCGAAUUCUAGCCAGGAAACAUUAACAUUAUGUACUUCACCACUACACAAUGGAGAAGAAUAUUUAACUCAAUGGAUAGAAUUCCAUCGGCUGGUUGGUUUUCGAAAGUUCAUCGUUUACAACACAACCGAUACCCAUCAACACUUGUCAUCUGUUGUCAACACUAUCAACAGAAAAUAUCCGAAUCUAGUUGACGUUGUUCAAUGGAAUUUCUCACCUCUUGCCUUAACCGACAGGUCAUCGUCACGAUAUUUUCAGAUGGAAGCUUUGCAUGAUUGUCUAAUUCGCUAUGGUGAUCAAUCAGAAUGGUUAGGUGCGCUUGAUCUCGAUGAAUAUAUUGUACCACUUGAUCCAUAUCAAACUGUGCUUGACUAUUUGUAUGACAACUUUGGUCGACGUAUUGUUGGAUCAAUCAAUCUGAGGAGUCAUUUCUUCUGCUCGAAAGAGGCUGAUAGGUACACACCUGAAGAGAAGAACACAAGUCGUUUAGUUAUAGAGCGGUUUAUUCUUCGCGCACGUAAUCGUUAUGAAAAGGGGCGUGAAAAGUACCUUUAUCGACCACGCUUUGUUCAGUAUUUAUCUAUUCAUCGUCAACUCAUUGGACUUUCAAUGGAAGAACCCUCGCGAAAUCACACACUGUUGGCUCACUAUGUGUCGAUGACUAAUCCGCGGAAAUUUCCAGGCUGUAGUAGUAAUGAACAAUAUGUGACAGAUACAAGCAUUCGAGACCGAUUCGUGAAAAAGGUCCAGGAUGGAAUAAAAACUUUGAUAAUUUAACCAUUUGUUUGUGAUAGAAACGACUAGUAGUUUUUGUGCAAAUGUUUAGUAUUUCAAGACUCUACAAAGGCUUAUCUCAU